AGCCUUUGCUUUGCCUGGCACACUCCUUCCACCUCUCUGAGGAGUUGUGCUCGUGGCCGAUAUCCUACCGACUACGACAACUAUCCCAUUUGCCCCUGCCACCCAGAUUUACGGACCUCCGUGGAAGUAUGGACGUGCCACCCAGGGCACUGUAGGGGGGGAAGAAUGGCUGUGUGACGCUAGCCAUGCACAUACCCCCCCGCCCCCCGCCCCCAACACCCUCCCCUGUGGUGUGGCCUUGGCAUCCAAGUGGAGUAUAAAUUCAGAAGGCUGAGUGGUUGUGCCUGACAACUUGUGGCCUUCUCGGACACAAGGUGUGAAGACAGGGAGAGAUCCUGAGAGAAGGAGAGAGGAGAUCCUACAGACACGGCAGGCGUGGAGAAGCCCAGCAUGAAGGCACAAAUUAAAGAAACACUGGUAAAGCAACAGGAGUACCUGAAUCGUCAGAGAGAUGCUAUUGCGUACAGAAUGAAGAAGUUGGCAGCCAAACAGGCAGACAUAAACAAAAAGACAGACGUUCUGAAGGAGAAGAUCAAGAAGAAGUAUCAGGAUAUGAAGCGUGUCUUGGACGAGGACCUGCACAUCACAAUGACCCAGCUGGAGAUGGAGGCCGAGGCCACAGAGAGGGUGAUAGAGGACCAUGUGGAGCGCUGCUACGUCCUCACGCAGGACAUCGACCACGAGCUGUCCGAGCUCAGCGCCCGGCUGGAGAAGCAGCAGAACUACGACAAGGACUCGGAGACAGAGGGGAGGAUAGCGGACAUGCUAAAGCAGACCGACCCCGAGCUCAUCCACAUGGACGAGUUUAAAAACGAGCAGCUCUUCAGUCUCACCAUCAACCUGCUGCUCUUCAUCCGCUCCCAGGUCCCCGUCACCAAGAAGCUCUUCCAGAGCUGUUUUCCUUGGUUCCGUUUCAACACAGAUGCCACAGAUGUUGUCCUCAACCCCAACUCGGCCCAUCCAAAACUCAUCAUCUCUCCUGGGGGCGACUCGGUCACCUACACGGAAACCUGGCAGGAGGUCCCUGAGAACGUGUCCCGCUUCGACACCACCCUCAACGCCGUGAGCCUCAACGGCUUCGGGGAGGGCCGCCACUACUGGGAGGUGCAGGUGGCUGGCAAGACCUACUGGGAGCUGGGCGUCACCUACCCGAGCAUUCCCAGGAAGGGCCGGGAGGAGCUCAGCUGGCUGGGCCGGGGCACUGACUCUUGGUGCGUGGAGUUCUUCAACGGCAGCUACAACGCGUGGCACCGGGGCGUGUCGCACGCGCUGACCCACGUGGAGGGCCGCGGCUUCACGCGCAUCGGCGUGUUCUCCAGCUCGCCGGGGGGGUUGGUGUGCUUCCUGGGAGCGGACACCAUGACGCCGUUGUACUGCUUCUGCGCGGGAACGUUCACCGACAAACUGCUCCAGGCCGUCUGUCCCGGACACGACAACGAGGGGACCAAUUGGAAACCUUUGCAAUUAUGCGACGCCUCUAGGUCCGGCCCCACCCUGUGAUGGACAGGCCGGCCAUCAUACCACAGGGUCUCUGGCAGUGAGUGAUUAGUGACCAGUUAACAAGGUGAUACUGCCCACUGGUGUACAGAGAGACUUGGGGGUACACUGUACAUAGGUAUGAUUCUUUGUAUCUGUAUGUGCUCAACAACCAGUAUUAAAGAAGUGCAUUUGCCAAUAAUGUUG